AUGAGUUUCCAAGAGCUAAAGAAGAAAGAUAAAGGAAAAGAAAUUGUCACUUUCGAAGAAAAUCCUAGCGAUUCGCUUCAUCAUCCCGAUCACUCUCAAACAGAAGAAGUCUCCUUGUAUUUCAGUGAGCAAGGAAUCGCGGCUCUCCUCGAAGCUAAGAAAGACACAUACAGAGAAAAUCAAGAACUAGAACAAUCUAAGAAAGAUAAUGCUGAGAAAGUUGGUAUUCCAGAAAAAAAGGAUUCAUCUUCAAAGAUCACGCCUUGCCUUUACUAUACGUCGGAUGAUAAGGUGCGACUGAGGUGGUCAAGCGACCUUCACGAUUGCUUUAUCAAAGCCAUAGAGAAACUCGGUGGACCUGACAGUUAG